ACCGGAUAACGGGAUAAGACCUCUCCGAUUCCGUAGACAAAUCCGCCGGCGCUCUGUCGGAAUGGCCACACUUCACUCCCGUGUGCACAUUCGCACUUGCCCCUUCCUUUCCUCCAUCCUUCCCCAACCUCUCCGCUCAAACCUCACCGGAAAAGCUAAGCGAUUCUGUUGGGUGAGGUGCAGCCUGUCACCGGCGCCCCCACCCUAUUUGCGGCAGAGCAGGCGGCUGGCCUCCAUCUCUCUCCUCUCUCACUUGCUUCUUAUCCCUAACCAGGCUUUGGCCGGUGGCUUUCUGGAUAAGUAUGUAAAAAGGAAAAAGCUUGAUCCACUGGAGGCUUAUGUACCUGCUGUUAUAUUGACUCAGUUACAGAUUAAGGACUUAGAGAAAACUCUGGAGGUUGAUAAACCCGAAUAUAGUUUCUGCAGAUCCCUACUACGUUCUGGUCCAGCUGCAUCUCUACGUGUAAAUAUUAGAGCUGUAGCACAAUAUGCUUCAGAUGCUGGCAAUGGUGAAGCUGCUUUCAAUGAUGUCGAUCAAUGUCUGCGGUACUGCAACUGCAUUCCAGCUAGUGUGAUAAUGAAAGAGCAGCUUUAAUCAUUUUGUAUUUCUCUUGUCACAAAAUUGUUAUGAUAAAUAUUUUCAUCUAGGAUAGAACUACUUUACAAUUUUCUGACACCAGCAAUCUUUCUGCUCCCUUAGAGCCUUGGAGGAACUUGAUUCCUUGCUUCUGCAGGCAUCAAGAAAUAAUCAAGAAGCCUCAGUGAAAUCAAUGAAGGCACAGAUUGGAACUGCCAUUAGUGCACUGGACAGCCUCCUUCAAACAGUUCCUUCGGACGUUUUAAGAAGGGGACAGGAGAUUGCAGAUGCCUAUAGAAGGCCAGAAGACGAUGAGCCUAACCAAUUAGACCCAGAAAUGAAGAAACUGGAAUCACUCCUAUGAAGUGAUGGAUUCCAAGCAAAUGGAAUUUUGUUCCCUGGAGAUGCUUAACAGUCAUCAUAUUGUAACAUCAUGUUUUUAAUACUCUACAUCGAGCUAAAUUUUUUCCUAAUAGGGCGUCAUUUAUCCCUUCUGCUGGUAAUAUCCCAAAAUCAAGGAUUUCAUAAAUG